CGUGACUUUGCUACCCAGACUAUCGGUUUCUUACGCUAUCCCCCUUGGGCCAUCCUGAAAGCCGCCUAGGUGCAUGGCACCACGCGCGCAAACCACGCCGACUCCGACUCAGGUGUUCCUCCCCAAAGCCGAGUUCCGCAGAAUCGAAGACGAUGUCUCGACUCAGCCCAGUGGCGUGCACGACAAGCAGGCGCAGAGUUUCGGAUAUAAUGACUUUUCAGAGUUCGAGCGACCGGAUUUGUAUAUCCGGCACAUUGAACCUCUCGAGGAGGAUCUUGAGCGGCAGGUUGAAUAUGACAUGGAUGAGCAAGGUGGGCCGGGUUGGUGCAUUCGAGAAUUGGAGAGUCAUCGCGCGACAGAUGAGGAAUGGCUGAACGCUGUGAACGCGGAACGCAGGAGCGAGCAGAUGGAUCGAAUUACGUGCGAGGUGUUCGAGGUCGUGAUGGAUCGACUGGAGAAGGAAUGGUUCAACCUGGUGCGCAUGCCUCCGUUCCCGCUCCCUUUCCUCGACCGAACUCGAACCCUGCAGUCUAAACACGUUAAGAAACCGGAUUUCGGGCUCCCGUCCGAAGACUCUACUUGUGCGAUCUGCGAUGACUCGGAGGGAGAGAAUAGCAAUGCGAUCGUGUUCUGUGACGGGUGUAAUCUUGCCGUACAUCAAGACUGCUAUGGGAUACCCUAUAUUCCCGAGGGCCAAUGGCUGUGUCGAAAGUGUACCGUGUCGCCCGAGAAUCCUGUUUCUUGCAUUCUAUGCCCGAAUGAAGGCGGAGCGUUCAAACAGACCGUGGACGGGGAAUGGAUUCAUCUGCUGUGCGCAAUCUGGGUGCCCGAGACUGCAGUUGCCAACGAUGUGUUCAUGGAACCUAUCGUGGGGGUAGAGAAGAUUCAGAAGCAGCGGUGGAAACUGAAAUGUCAAGAAUGUGGUGUUCGAGAGGGCGCCUGCAUCCAAUGUGCCAAAACACAAUGCUUCGCCUCGUUCCAUCCGACCUGUGCCCGAACGGCACGGUUUCUGAUGCCCAUGAAGAGCAGUGUCUCAGGCGUCGAGCCAACUGCGUUGACCUGUUUUUGCGACAAACACCUCCCCGUUCGUGUCCCUCGUAUACUGUCUCGAUCACUACUCAAUGAGCUGCAGAAAGGGCAGCAGGAGGUGCGCCGGGCCGCGUUGGAAGCGGCGGAGCAGGAGCAAGAGGACUUUGACAGCGCUAAAUUGUCCAAGUCUGCUCGAGCGUAUGCCAAGACGUACAAACCCGGUGCACCACUAGUGCCAGCGAUCAUCGUCGACCGAAUCCUGCAGUAUAUCGCCAAAACGUCCGUCCGAAAGAAGCCUGACUUUGUGACAUUGGUGGCCAGAUACUGGAGUCUGAAACGGGAGGCCAGACGAGGGGCCCCGUUGUUGAAGCGGUUGCAUUUGGAGCCGUGGACGGCGAGUAAUGGAGUAGAUAUGUCCGGGGAAGAAGAGAAAGCCAUCAAGUUGGAGUACCUCAAACGGAUCCGGGACGACCUGGAACAGCUUAGGAAUCUCACCGAGCUUGCACGCAAACGCGAAAGUCGCAAGUUGAAGCAAGCGGAGGUCAUCCGAGAUACACUAGGGACAGCCUUCUGGCCUCACGUGCCGCUCUUGAAGGCGCUGCUCACUCGUAUCGCCAAGAUGGAUUCUGCCAGCUAUUUCUCAAGUCCUGUUGACAGGACCGAAGUCCCGGACUACUUUGAUGUCGUCAAGAACCCGAUGUGCUGGAGCGAGAUUGAGAGCAAGAUCCUGAGUGCUACGUACUGGGAUCUGCAAGCUUUUAUCGCUGACGUUUACCUGGUCCUGGACAACGCGGUCUUGUACAACGCAGUCACCAGCAACAUCCACAGAGCCGCACUGCGAAUUCGAACUUCAUUGGGACCCAUCUUCACUGACGCUGCCAAGCUUUGUACUUCCCCUAACGUCGCUGCCAUGGAAGAAACAUGGGAACGACCCCUGACUGGAGACCUGGAACCCCCACUCGAGGUGCUCGAUCUACUUUCGUCGUCUGAAGUUAUCCGGGAUGAGACGGAGCUAAUCCUUUCGUCUGAUCCGAUCAUCUCUCUUUUGAACUUUGAGCUGGAGAGGCGGAAGCCUCCGCCGCCCCCGCCACCAACGAAAGCCGAGAUCGAGGAGGAGAGGAGAAUUCAGAGGAACGCAAAGGAAAGGGAGCGGCGACGGCUGGAAAAGGAACGCAAGGACCAGGUUGCGGCCGCCCGACUGGAGAAGAAAGCCCAGCGGGAAGCCGAGGAGAGCUCGGCACCGCCACGAACCAAGGCACCACAACUGCCACUCGAAUCGCAGCCACAACCUGUCGAGUCUGUCUCUGCUCCGGUCCGGUUGAGACGACAGAGCGCCACGGAGGGCGAUAUCCCGCUGAUUGAAGAGGUUGACAACCAGAAGUCGUUCGAUAUGUUCAACGAAGGCUGGAUCCUGACGGGACAACGGCGAAAUGCCAGGCAACUUCCUACUCCUAGUGCCCCGCCGCCCCCGUCCAAGAAGCGGAAACGCGUCGACAGCAAGACACCCGGGCUAUCGACAAGCUUGAGCACUCCUGUGUCUGAAUCGUUCCCGGAAGAGCCGCCGAUCGCGAGUAGCUCGAGGCCACGUGCGUCGCGGCAGCAGCCGGAGCAGAUCGAGAUUCCGCCGCCGAAUGUCAUCCGCAUGGAGGACGGGCAGGUCAUCGUCGAGCACAUCGACACGCCGCUCAUCCGCAAAGCCAAGAGCAAGAAGGCCAAAGAGGCACGUGCGCUGUUGAAGGCGAGCGCUUCCCAGCCCGCGGCGGCAGAUGAGCCCGCGUCGCUGGGGCCGUCUGUUCCCUUGUCGACCCCGGCCACGGACGAUGUCGAUGCCGAGGGCUCGUCGGACCUGAGUCCCCUCAGCGAUGCGGUCACGCCGGGUGUUCCGGCCAUGGGCCCCGCGGAUUUCGACGUGGCCGAGUCGAUGCAGAACGAUCCGUCGGAGCUGUCCCAGGCCGAUCCGCAAGCUCUCCUCGCUGCUGGACCCGAAUCUCUCUCUGCUGCUCCGGAGCCGAAAACGCGCCGCCAGCAGGGUCACUUUACUUUGGCGCCCGGAAAGUCGAUUGAACCGAUGACGCUUGUGUGGGCCCAAUACUCGACGUUUCCGUUCUUCCCGGGGAUCAUCAUUCACGAAGACGACGACAGGAUACCCCUCAGCAUCCACUCGCUCGCGCAGAAGGUCAACAAGGACAAGGCCAAGAAGGAAAACUACCACUUCGUCCAGUUCUUGGACAAUACGCGGUCAUGGCAGUAUGUCCCGAUGGAACGUCUCCGUAUGCUAGGGGAGCUCCCAGAAUUGGACAAGGAGAUGUUGACCGGCAAGCGGCCCGACCGCAGCAAGAAAAAGUCGUCUGCGAAGGAAGUCCAGGAUCUGAAAAAAGCGUACCAAGCGGCGAUGGAGGAGAUGGCGGAGGAGGACCGAGCCAAGUUUGACAAUCUGACGGCGUCGUGAUGUUAUCUAUCAUUCGUGUUGUAUUUCUAGUUGUAGCGUAGCCUGUUUUUCUUCUCUUUUCUUUGCUUCCGUAGCGUGUAUAUCUCGUUGCUUUCGACGCUAUUUGUUUCUACUGCCGAUCCAUGUGGCUCGAAACUGGCCACUUUUGAACCGCCUAUCGCGGAGAUCCGCGGCGGCCUAAACCGUGCCUCGAUAAAAAAAAAACUUGUGGGGAUCCUCGAUGGUCGCCUCUGAGCACGCUUCUGGGGCGAGUUUUUCGGGUUUUGUGUAUCACAGCCGGUGCUCUGAUGCCUGCUUCCAGUGCAGAUUAGAUUUUCGUUGAACAGGUUCUUUAAUUUGGGCGUGCGAUUCUCGGAGCGAGGGCAUCGCUGCUCCUGGACCGCGUCGAGAUCGCGGCUGGCCCGUCCUCGCGCAU